CAGACCUACAUCACCAGACUAUUUGCCUAAUCUCCACGGUACUUUAGACCGCGGUGGAAACACAGAAAACAGGUCUGGGGGAAAAUAGUUCCUCGGGGAAAAAGUUCCUGGUUCACUUGUUCUGGUGGAAACGAGGCAAAUGCUUUUGGUAAACGCACCGCAGAUUGGAGGACUGGCCAAUGAUCUCACAGGAACACAGGGAUCAGACCUGAUGGUGCUGAAAGAGGAGAGUCAAGAACUGAAGGAAAUGAAAUAUAAGAAUGAAAAUGAUUUUAAAACUGGAGAAAAAUCUUUUAGUUGCUCAAAGGCCGAAAUAACUUCAAGAAAAAUGAAACAAAAGACAAGAAGUAGUUAUCGCACCUGCCAACAUUGUGGAAAGAGUUUCAAUAGAAAGGGUAUCAAAAAACACAUGAGAGUUCACACAGGAGAGAAGCCUUAUGCCUGCCAACAGUGCGGAAAGUGUUUCAGUCAAAAAGUAACUCUUAGAAACCACAUUAGAAUUCACACCGGAGAGAAGCCUUAUGUGUGCCCUCAGUGUGGAAAGAGUUUCACUCAUUCUGCAAACCUUGGAGGUCACAUGAGAGUUCACACUGGAGAGAAGCCUUAUACCUGCCAACACUGUGGAAAGUGUUUCAGUCAAAAAGAUCACUUAAACGACCACAUGAGAGUUCACACUGGAGAGAAGCCUUUCACCUGCCAACAAUGUGGAAAAUGUUUCAACCGAAAAUCAAGCCUUAACCGGCACAUUAGCGUUCACACUGGAGAGAAGGUGUUUUCAUGUGAUCACUGCGGAAAGAGUUUCAAAUAUAAAGGAGCCCUUAAAAACCACAUGAGGUUUCACAUGUGAAAGAAC